AAUAGCAACAACACGCUUUGACUUAUGUUAUCAUUUCCUGGAAUGGUUUUAACACGUUGGAUGCGGCUGCUGAAUCGAAACCACAGCUAGCUUGUUCAAACAUGUAUUCACGUGCAAGCUAGUUUUUAACCAAUCGAAAUUUUGCACAAUGUCCGUGGUAGUUCGGAGCACGCGGGGCUGGGUUUUAGAUGCGCGAUCACUCAUUGAUGAGGGAUAUUCGCGUUGCCUCCGACUCAGAGAUAAUCAAAAGUCACACGUGAAGUGUCGAUUCAAAAGUCAAUGCUUUCAGAUUUUAAAAAGCCAUUAUAGUGUGAGUGCCAGUGCUGCUGUGGAUGAAGGGAGCACGGAUAUGUUGCAGAAAACAGACAAAGCAUCAAAGAAAAGGAAACGAAAACACAGUGAACUCAACCAGGGGGAAAUUGAUUCCCAGGCCUUCCAUGAGAAGAUCAGGUCUGUUGUCCUUGAGGGAACCAAGUCCCUGGUGGACUCUGCCCGAUCUCUGGGACAUCUAAACGGCGUGACAGACGCAGUGAAGGAGCCUCUUCCCUCUCAGGAGUGCAGCCUCGCUGCUCUCUGUGAAAUGGCUAAAGAGCUUCCUCUAGUGGACGAAGACGAGCAGGAGGAGUGUGUGCAGCUACUUGUUGCUGAAGAUGGCUGCACGUCACACGUUGACUUGUUCUCUCGGGUAACAGAGAACGGGGAGGACUGGGCUACAGUGGUCACACUGAUGGGAGAGGAAUAUGUAAUACCACCACACACAGCCUUCCUGCUGUCUGAUUUCACAAGAAUGCGACCCCUAGUCCACUAUGAAAGAAGAUUUGACUUAAUAGUUAUGGAUCCACCGUGGGAAAACAAGUCUGUGAAAAGGAGUCGCAGGUACAGUUCGUUGCCCUCGUCCCAGCUGAAACGGCUCCCUAUACCAAUGCUGGCAUCCCCGAACUGUUUAGUGGUCACCUGGGUCACAAACCGGCCCAGCCACCUGCGCUUUGUCCGGGAUGAGCUGUAUCCACACUGGGGGGUAGAAGUUGUGGCCGAAUGGUUAUGGGUCAAGGUGACCACAUCUGGACAGUUUGUGUUUCCACUAGAUUCACAUCAUAAGAAGCCGUAUGAAGUGCUGGUGCUGGGCCGAUAUCGUUCCACUGCAGAUAACGCCACAAGCUCUUCAAGGACAUCAGAGGCUCCUGUGGAGGACCAGCGUUUGAUUGUCAGCGUCCCAUCAGCUCUCCACUCCCAGAAGCCCUCACUCUCAGGUAAAAUAGAACAUAACAGUACUGUUGUGUUUUUCUAUGCCACCAGAGGGCAAUGCUGCAACGUCAAAAGAUUGUUAUCUUGCUUUACAGCCUCAGUGAUAGCCCAACAUCGGACUACGCUGACGUUUAAAAUGCACCGUUUUGAUUUGAUUUCAGUAACAGUUACUACAUGCAGUGUGUUUUUAAUGAGGAAUAGACACAUUGAAGUAAUAAAUGUUUUUGUUUUUUUUACGUUAUGUAAUAUCACACUUUUUGAAUGUUUAACUUGAGGAGAAAAAACUUCUCAAACACAACAUGCAGGGUUUCAUUAUAACGGGAGGAAGAGAAUCCUGAACCCAUGACAGGUUUGAUUUGUCAGAGUGGGGACUUCUGCUCAGAUUUAAUCAAAUUUGUCCCGUCUGCACUGAUUGUGGUGUUGCAAGACUUGACUUCCAACAUGGCCUCCCGCUGCUUAGAAUCGAUGUAAAACCUUGACAAUGAAUAUGCAGGGGGCGAUGAAUAAGAGAGGCUUGACGUCAUGUCCCUCCCUCUCAGGGGAACGCGAUUUAUUGUGCAGUAUGGAGAGAAAAACACAGCCAGUGUUUGCCGGCGCUCUUUCAGAAGCACAGAAAAGCCUCCACCUCAAGGGGGGCUGGACACUGUUAAAAUACACUGAUCUAAACCAUAAUGACGGCUUUGUGGAGCUGUGAUACCAUAGAGAUUAUAUAGAUUAGCGAUAGAUAGACAAGACUCUCCGCAGGUUUAAUCAGAACCGGUUUACUUUAUUCCGGCUGCUUUAUUUGCUGUUGUGGAGGCAUUUUCAUAGUAUGAAAUACAGACACCUAAAUUAGACGAGCUCUUAUUAUUAAAAACAAAAAAUACUACUGCUAAAGGGCCAGAAUGAGCAGCAUCUAUAACUGUGGUGUGUGCCUCCGUUGCGUGCGUUUUAACUCCAGUUAGAGGUGUGAGAUGGUGGGUGUGGCUCGAAUCCGUGAGUGUAAUAAUUGUAAAUUGCAGUGUGUCACGAAAGGGGCUUGACCCGACUCUUGCACAGCUGCCAAUGAAAGUGGAACGGUUUAUUUAUUUAACAAUUUGACAAGAUAAUUCAACACCUCGGAGUGUGAAAGGUAAGAUUUCUUUUUCUUUUUGUUCUCUCCUGCAAUAGAUUAUGCAACCGCUAGAAAUUUCAAAUAUGUCUCAAGACCUUUGGCAUUAAUUAACCUGAGCUUUUUUUUUUUAUACUUUCAUCUCAAGCUAUCAUCCCUGUAAUUCUGCUGCACUUUGUCGAGCAUGUCAGAUCUGUAAGCAACAGCAUCGAUGGUGUGAAAGCCACGACCCGCAAGUCUGCAGUGUUGAGAAACCCUGACCCACUUCUCCCUCCCCUCUCAGAUGGGGCUCCUAUCGCAGACAUUUGUGGUUGCUAUGGAGAGAUGUGGGACACCAUUACACUACAACACAUCCUUGCCAGAUGGUCAAGCUGCAGGAGAAAAAACAGUGUUUGCACUAGACAAGACGUGAGGUUUAUUAUUAAUUAGGGCUCCCUACAAACAAAGUCCCGUCCCAGCUCGAUAUUAUAAUUAUGGUUUAAAUAUCUGUUUAUGCACACUAUACAUGUUGGGCUGACGUAGGAAUGGAUUCGUGAGAGUGAUAUAUGCACCAGUAUGUUUUAUUGGCAGCUACAAUAUUUGGCCUAUUUAUAAACUUGUGAAAACAGUCUAUUCAAAGAAAAUAAAAUCCAGAUUAAUAUCAAGCUAUUGAUUCAAAGUGGUUAUUCCAUGUCUUGUAAACUCUGAUGCUAAAGGUCCAAUAGGCUUUUGGCCAAUUGAGGGCGAAGCAACAAGCUGUAAACAGAACAUUGACAUAUUAGCACUUCAUUAGGUUAAUAAAGUGAACAGCUUUUUGCUCGUUUUUGGUCUCCACCAACUCUUUAGCUGCUAAAUGCUCCACUAUGUUUGCCAGUCAGUCACUAACUUUUGUCUGUUUGACGUAUGCUGCUGAGCAUGUAGCUUAAGUAGAUUUUAAAGGUUUUUUUUCACUCAAAAAAAGCCUUCUGCGUCUAGAAAUGACACUGAUGAGAGCGAGGACGUAAAACUAAAACAAUACGCUUAAAGACACUCCAAUGCUCAGUAAGUACCGAGUGGUUGUAAUUCUCAACUAUAGUGACUCACACUAUACAUAGCCAUUUCAUGAUUGGCUAUGAGUCGGAUAACCCUUAUGGUACUGGCAUCGAGAUUCAGAUGGACACAACAAGACCCCGUGGGACUCCACGUGUGUGCUGAGAAUCAAAGUCAUUGAUUAUGUUGAAGGGGAAGAGGACUGAGACUAAUAAGAACAAACAUUACAAUCUACGGCAUCUUCGACUACAUCCAACCAUCCAACAUCCAACCAAGGCAGAAUAUCUAAGAAUGAAUAUGUUACUUGUCCAGAGUUUAGUUAAGAAAAGCCUUCCUUUGCUUUAGGCCACUCUCGGCAGAAGUUUCAUACGUUGUCCCAUUUCAGAGUUAAAGAUGAUAAUUGGACCUUUUAUUCUCCGUUCAACUUUGAGAGCUGAGUCACCGGUUGAAGUUGAAUUAGUCGGAGACCUGCAUGUUUGGCCUUUUCUCUCCGUGACUCUUGUCUCUCUGACGUGCAAAGGAAGAGAAAACUGGGAGGCAGGACUCCACAUUGUGCAGGUUGGAUCGGUUUGGGGAUCAGGCUUUUGGGCUCAUUAACUCCCUGAGUGUUGGCUGAGGCGAGUGUCAGGGUGGUUUGAGCAUGCACAAGAGCAGACAGAGUGUAGCACCGGGGCAGAGGAAGUGAAACGUAUCUGUCAGGUGCACUGCUCCAGGAAUAUCAUCUCUUAUAGACUCAAGGUCGCUGCCACAUAGAAAAACGUGUGCUGUGCUGUGAAGGAGCUGGGCAGUUGCCAGUGUCCUCUGCCUAUUGCAGAGUAACAAGCAAAGUGCCACCAUAAGGAAUGGAAGCAGUGGAGUAACCUUACAACCUGAAUUUGUGUCUUUUAGAGACACUGCACUAGGAAGCCUGGGGAAAAAAAGCUGCAAUGUCAACUCCUUGUCGAUUCAUUUGAAGUAAAUAAAUUGCUGGUGUGUGUUCGGGCCAGGAAUUAUUCAGCCCUUAUCCUUUUCAAUCCUCCAGAUACACACAAAGUACGCAGUUCGUGGAAAAAAGGGGUCCCUCGAGUCAAAAGCUAGUUUUAAGAACAGCAUCAAUUUAUUAGGCUUUAACCAGAGAGGGCAGUAAAACACAGCUUUUAAGCCUUGAAACGGCAAACCCAAGGCAGGCAGAACUGGUUGUUUAUUGGGUCUCUAGGUGAAAUAUACUGUUGCCAUGUGUUGUCUGCAGUUUGCACUUAAUUUAAAUUCUAACGUGACGGGGCACACACGCAAUGCACGGAGAGGGAGAGGAACAGAAUGUCAAUAAGGGCCUUAUUUCGGCCCCGGAGAGGGUUGAACCAGUCACAAUCAUUCCUCUUCCUCGUUUCUCU